GUCACAGUCACAUAGUUUAUUGCUGUCUCUUUUUUCUAUUUCCCUCUUCUUCCAUACAUUUCAAAGAGGAAAUUAAUUCCAGAAUUCAAAUUCACUCUUUAAAAAUGCAGAAAAGAUUACGCACUUCUCUUAAAUCCUCCUCGGCGGAGGAAUUCAUUUCCUCGGCGACGAAGCUCAAUUUCAAAUCGUCAAAAUCGUCACUCAAAACCCUAAUUCACAGCAUUUCAAACUCUUCAUUACUCUCAACUUCUCUCCCUUCUUCACUCCAUAAUUCUAUUUCUAAUUCAAUCGUUUCUUUCCAGAAUCUUCUAGAACAUCCCUCUUCUCCCUCUCCGAACCCUGAAAAAUCCCCUCCGCUAAAACGCCGUAGAUCGUCGCGAAUUAGCGAACCUUCUCCACCUAAAAAUGAAUCCAAUGAGAAACAAGAACUCAUUCACAAGCUUCAAAUUCUUGCACACGUUGCUUAUUUAUGCGUUUCGCAUCCGAAAAAGGCGUUUUCUCAGUCUGAAUUAUUGCCUGGUGUUCAGUUAUUUCAUGAUAAUUUAGUACUUUUCGAGUUGGAUUCAAACUUGUCGUUAGAAAUAGCUAAUUUAUGUGAGUUUUAUUGGAAAGAAAAUAUAGAAGGUAGGGAGAUGUUAAUUUCGCAGUUUAUUCCUUUUAUUGUUUCGAGAUCACUGACUUCGAAAAGGAAGGUUGAUGUGCAUAGGGUUUAUGCAUUGCGUGAUGCUUUAAAUUUAUUUGAUUUUGAAGAUGAGAGUAUAGAGGAUUUAAAAUUAUUGUUAAUAAGGUGUGUGAUUGCUCCUCUGUUUCUUAAAACAGAGGAUGGGAGGCGGUUUAUAGCGUUUUAUUUCGGAUUGAGUAUGCAAUUAUUGAAGGAGGCUUUAGCUAUGAUUAAGUCACAGAUUCCGUUUGGAAGGAAGUCGAUUUUGGAGGCGUAUGGGGAGAUUUUAGUUAGGGUUUGGAAAGGGGUUAAUGGGGAGUUAAAGGAUGAGAUUGAGAAUGGGUUUUUACUAGGUUUAAUUGAGGCUGCAAUUUACUCGAAUUCGGGUGUUCUAGCUGCUUCGAUUAGGAGGGUUUUGGGUGGUUUUGUUAGUCAAAGGAUUACUGAUGGUGUUGAGAAAUUACUUUUCCGGCUUGCUGAGCCAAUUAUAUUUCGUUCGCUGCAGGUUGCAAAUUCAAAUGUUCGCCUCAAUUCAUUGCAUUUACUUUUAGAUUUCUUUCCUCUUGAAGAUCCUGAUGUGACGAAAGAAGUUAAGGACACAUUACUUGAGAAACAAUUCUUUUUGUUAGAGAGAUUGCUCAUGGAUGAUUGUCCAGAUGUGAGAGUUGUUGCAGUGGAAGGUUGUUGCCGUAUUCUUCAUUUAUUUUGGGAAAUUAUCCCUUCACCAACCAUUACAAAGAUACUUACAAAGGUUUUCAAUGACAUGUCACAUGAUAUAUGCAAUGAGGUCAGAAUAUCCACAUUGAAUGGCAUUGUUUAUUUGCUUGGAAAUCCACAAUCUCAUGAAAUCUUGAAAGUGCUUCUAAAAAGAUUGGCGCAUAUGAUUUCUGAUAAUAAUAUGUCCAUUCGUGUUGCUCUCAUGGAUCUCCUCCUUCUUAUAAGAGAUAUUCCAACAUUCCAGUUUAAUAAGGUUGUAGAUAUAGAUGUAUUGUUAUCAACUCUGGCAAAUGAUCAACCAAAGGUUGCUCAGAAGAUAACAAAUUUGCUUAUGCCAUCGUACUUCCCCUCCAAAGUAACCAUUGAAGAGGCAUGCAAUCGCUGUGUUACUCUUAUAAAAAGGUCUCCCAUGGCUGGUGCAAGAUUCUGUGAAUUUGCUGUAUCGGAUGGGGCAUCUCUUAAGCCGUUCAUGGAACUUGCCAGAGCGUUGAUAAGUUUGGUAUUAUCAGAUGAUAAGUUGAAUGCAGAUCAAAAUGAAGGUUUACUUGCUGCUGCUUCCCAUCUUUGCAGCAUUCUAGCGGGUGAGCCAUGUUACAAGAAUGCCCUUAAAGAGUUAUUUUCUGGUGGAAAAGUAAAGAGCCUAUUUUCUGCUGUAUCAACUAGGUGUGCUCAAUCUUCUUUACUCAAGAUAUUUUCAGUCAUUUCUCCUGAGGAUAUUUCUGUGCUUGUUGAAGAAUGUAUGAAUGUCAUAACUAAUUGUAGUGGAAUAUCUGAGAAUAUGGAAUUGCAAGAUGAAGUGAGGUCUGCCCACAAAUUGAUGCUAUCUUGUGAUACUUUUGAUGACAUGAUACAUACUCUAACAAAGCUUUUACAAAAAACUGCCUAUCGGUGUCAUAUUAAAUUCGGUGUUGAAAUCCCCAAUCAGAGAAUUUCGCCUCUAAAAAGGAAGAAAUGUAAGUCUGCAGUCAAAAUUUCAGCAAAGUGGAAACACACAACUGGAAAUUCUGCAGCCAGCUUUGAGGAUGAUUAUUUAGUUUCUCUCGGAAUAGCCUGGCAAAUAAAAGACUUGCUUGCUUUUGAGGACGCCAGGAAAGCUAUACUUGAAUCUCCAGCUCUAGAGCCUUCCUUCCUUGCUUUAAAAGUUAUUUCAGAAGUUACCAUUAGCCAGUGUAUUCGCUGCGAAUUCGUGGACUCGUCUCCUGUAUCAGCAUAUACAGCUCUUGCCAUGCAUAUGACUCUCCAAAAUGUAAAGGUUAAUGCUGAUGAAUGUGGUAAGAAGAAGAACGGUAGAAAUGAGUCUUCAUCAAUUACAGAGCCAACAGUACUUGAUGAGACAGCAGAUCACCUGCUUAAUUGUAUUGAGAAGCUGCUAGCAGCAGAUGAUAUCGUUAGUAGUUCACCUACAGACUCCACACAAAAAAGCAAGAGGGUCCUUCGUAACAAAGACAAGCAAAAGGAUCCUCAAAAUGAUCCCUCUGCGACGAAAGAUGAAGGAUCACUUCUUGAUAAAGAGAAAAUAUUGAUAAAUAAGGUGAAGAUGCUUACUUGUGUGCUCAAGUUCAUUGUCGAUUCCACAGAUGUGGGAUUUCUUUCAAACAGUCACGGAAGGUGCUUGGGCUUUACAUCUUCAUACAUCAAACAUGUCAUCUUUGCCUUGGGGAAGCUAUCUGGUGAAAGAGUGCAAUUUAAGGAGGAUCAUUUGAAAGAACUUGUUCUGUGUUUGAAAAGCUCUUUCACUUAUGCAGCCAAGUUACUCAGUCUCAUCCUUAAAGCCGCGAAUGAAGAUACACAACCUCCACCUGAAACUUCUGAUCUUGCCAAUGAUAUGCUUGACUUAAUCACCUCAGCUGAAUUCUACUUGGGUUCUGCUUUUGCUGCUCGUCUUGCCGCAGCAGCAAAAGUUUGGCUUCCUGAUUUGAUUCUUGGGUUGGGAUCCGGAUGCAUACUUAAACAAACUCCAUCUGAAACCACGUUCCUCUCCGCAUUAUCUCGCGUAAAGCUUCAUUUUCCAUCAUGGCCUUUAAUUUUAUCAAAGACGGAGCUCAUCGAGAUUAGCAAAGGUGGCCUCGAAGAGGAGGAUGACAAAGUUUCAGAACCCGGUGAAUUUCCGGUAUUUAAGAAUUUCAUUGAAACGGUAAUUACAGUAUCGAAGGGAAAUAUGAAGGUACUCGAUGCAGUUGGGGCGAUUUUCUUGACUUACUCUAUCGUUGGCCUUGAAAGGAAGGAUUCCGGAUUGGUAUUAGGACUGCUACACUUUGUAUGCGUGAAGUUAGUUGGCGAAGAAGACAGAGAAUGGAAUGAACUCGAUAUGAUGUUGAAUUCUCUACCGGAACUCUUCCCUCAGAUCGAGAAGGAAAUUGAAGAACAAAGUGAUGAAGAUGAAAGGCAGAAAUUAAACAGUGCCCGUGCAUUGCUUCAACCUGUUUGGUUGUACCAUGUCUAUGAAACUGGGAGGUUUACUGUGAUGGAAGAAGAAUAGAUAGACUUUUUAGAGUUUACUGAACAAGUUCAAGAACAGAAUCCCGUGAACAUAUGUUUCUAUGUAUAGCAAAAGCAGAAAAUCAGAGAGAAUUAAACCUGAGACCGUCUUAGAGCAAGUGAAGGCCAUUUUCAGAAGAUUUAACUCAUAUUACGCAUUGAUUCGACAGACGUAAUUUCAGAAGGAUUUUGUAGGCGCCAAACAACAUUGGUUGCUCCUGUCAUGUAGUAAAUAUCUCAUAUUUAUGAAUAGAAGUAUCGGCUUUUACUGGCA